AUGUAUCCCGGCCCCAAGCCUCCCACGCCUCACGUCCCGGGCAUUUACCGCUAUACAGCGACUGCUCUGGGUGCUGGCAUGUGGUUCUUUCUGAUGUAUCGCGCGAAGAAGGAUGGUCCCGUUUUGCUGGGCUGGAAGCAUCCCUGGGAUCACUGA